AUGCGUUUCUCAAUUGGAGCCACUGCAGCGCUCGCUGCCGCCGUUGUGCGCGCCGAAGAGCCCGCCGCCGAGGCUUCUUCCUCGACUGCGGUUGCGAAGCCGACCUUUACUCCCACUACACUCAAGGCUCCCUUCCUCGAGCAGUUCACAGACGACUGGGAGAGCCGAUGGAAGGCUUCGCACGCAAAGAAAGACGUCAAGGCCGACGACGAGGAGUGGGCGUACAUUGGUAACUGGGCCGUCGAGGAGCCCACUGUCCUGAAGGGCGUCGAGGGCGACAAGGGCCUCGUCGUCAAGGACAAGGCUGCUCACCACGCCAUCUCGGCCAAGUUCCCCAAGCCUGUCGACAACAAGGACAACACCCUCGUUGUCCAGUACGAGGUCAAGCUCCAGAACGGCCUCGAGUGCGGUGGUGCUUACCUGAAGCUCCUCAAGGAGGAGGCUGCUCUUCACGCCGAGGAGUUCUCCAACGCCUCGCCCUACGUGAUCAUGUUUGGCCCCGACAAGUGCGGUGCCACCAACAAGGUCCACUUCAUCUUCAAGCACAAGAACCCCAAGACCGGCGAGUACGAGGAGAAGCACCUCAAGAACCCCCCGAUGGCUCGCAUCGUCAAGACCUCCACCCUCUACACUCUGAUCGUCCGCCCCGACCAGAGCUUCGAGAUCAAGAUCGAUGGCGAGUCCACUCGCAACGGUACCCUCCUCGAGGACUUCACCCCCUCGGUCAACCCCGAGGCCGAGAUUGACGACGCCGACGACAAGAAGCCCGAGGACUGGGUUGACGAGGCCCGCAUUGAGGACCCUGAGGCUACCAAGCCUGAGGACUGGGACGAGGACGCUCCCUUCGAGAUUGUCGACGAGACCGCCGAGAAGCCCGAAGACUGGCUCGAGGAUGAGCCCACCACCAUCCCCGACCCCGAGGCUGUAAAGCCCGAGGACUGGGAUAACGAGGAGGAUGGUGACUGGGUCGCCCCCACUGUCCCCAACCCCAAGUGUGACGAGGCUGCUGGCUGCGGCAAGUGGGAGUCUCCCAUGAUCAAGAACCCCGCCUACAAGGGCAAGUGGACCGCCCCCUACAUUGACAACCCUGCCUACAAGGGCGUCUGGGCCCCUCGCAAGAUUGCAAACCCCAACUACUUCGAGGACAAGACGCCCGCCAACUUUGAGCCCAUCGGCGCUGUCGGUAUUGAGCUCUGGUCCAUGCAGAACGACAUCCUCUUCGACAACAUCUACGUCGGUCACUCUGCUGAGGACGCCAAGGCCCUCGAGGAAGAGACUUUCGCUCCCAAGAAGGCCGCUGAGCAGGCUGAGGAGGAGGCACAGGCCCCCAAGCCCAAGGACUCUCCCAAGUCGCCCUCUGACCUCGUCUUCAAGGAUGACCCAGCUCUCUACAUCAAGGAGAAGCUGAACCUCUUCAUCGAGAUCGCUAAGCGCGACCCUGUUGAGGCCGUCAAGUUCGUUCCCGAGGUCGCCGGUGGUAUCGCCGCUCUCGCCGUCACCAUCCUUGUUCUCAUCGUCUCUUUGUUCGCCGGCUCCGGUGCCGCUCCCUCCAAGGAGCAGGUCAAGGCCAAGGCUGAGCAGGCCAAGAAGGCUGCCGUUGAUGCCAAGGACAAGGCUGCUGAGGCUGUCGCGUCGGGCUCCCAGAAGGCGCAGGCUGAGAUCCAGAAGCGCCAGACUCGCUCAUCUGCCCAGUAG